UCAAGAUUGAUUCAGAUGGCGCUUUUUAAUCGUUUCCUGUUUAUCCACAGAAUACGACGAACAAGCGUGAAAAUUUAUAACUGACUCGUUACUUUGUGGAGAGUUUAUACCUCAAACAUUUCAUAGAUGACCUGAUUUGCAGAGUUAACAAUCAGUGAUUAUGGCACCAAACAACCCAUUACCAAUAUGGGGUAAUGAAAAGACAAUGAAUUUAAAUCCAUUAAUUUUAACUAACAUACAGUCAUCACCUUACUUUAAAGUAAAUUUAUAUGAACUGAAGACGUACCAUGAAGUUAUAGACGAAAUAUAUUAUAGAGUUGAUCAUUUAGAACCAUGGGAGAAGGGCAGCAGGAAAACUGCAGGACAAACAGGCAUGUGUGGUGGGGUCAGGGGAGUUGGAGCAGGAGGAAUUGUUUCUAGUGCUUAUUGUUUAUUAUACAAAUUAUUCACCCUGAGACUAACCAGAAAACAAGUCAAUGGAUUGAUAGCACACUCAGAUUCACCUUAUAUUAGAGGUCUUGGGUUUAUGUACAUACGGUAUACACAAGAUCCCAAAGAACUAUGGGAUUGGUUUGAGGAUUAUUUAGAUGAUGAAGAGGAAAUUGAUGUUAAGGCUGGAGGCGGACAUAAAAUAACCAUUGGUCAUAUGGUACGACAAUGUCUAGUUAAACUAGAAUGGUACAGUACUCUAUUUCCCAGAAUUCCUGUGCCUGUUCAGAAAAGUAUAAUGGAGAAAAUAAAGGAAAACCCACCCAAACAGGAGGAAGAAGAACACAGUUCAAGGAAAGGAUCCCCUAAACAUAUACCUGAUGGUGAAUUAUCAUUUGGAGAAGCUGAAAAACAUGCUCAGAGACGUCCCAGUCCACCACCUACAAGGAGAGGAUCACCACCUGUUAAACGUCCUUCAAAAGCCAGGUCUAGAUCUAGAUCACCACAUAUUAAAAAACGUUCAUCAAAAGCCAGGUCUAGAUCUAGAUCUCCACGACGUAGAUCACCAAGAAGAUCACCUCCUAGAAGACCUAGGUCUCCACCAUACCGGCGUCGUUCACCUCACAGAAUAUAUCGUCCCAGGUCUCCUCCAAGACGCCCACAAGUUGAUGACUUUGCAAGAGAACUAGAAAGGGAAAAGGCUAGACAGAGAAGAGAGAAAGAGAGAAGGUCACGGUCUCCUGUCAUUCGUCGAAGAUCAAGAUCUAGGUCACAGAGUAGAGAGAGGAGAAGAAAAUCAAGAUCUCCUGAUAGAAAACACCACCAUAAAAGUUCACAUGAUAAACAUUCAAGACAUUCAUCAGAAAGAAAACAUGAUAGAUGAAAUUAUAUUUAGACCUCAUUAUCAUUAUCAUUUGUUGUUUAAUUAUUUGAAAAGACAGGACUGAAUCAUGAUAUGUAAAACCUUUCCAAAAUAUACCUUGGAUUAUGAUGCAUGAUUUAAUAUUUGAAGAUAUAGCCUAACUUUGACAGGUUCUUUAAUUGUGACUCUGUGUUAAGUGAAAAUAGUGCAAAAAAAAACCAGAAAAUAAAACUGUCUUUGGGUCAUCAUUUUGUCAGUCAGUGAAUGUUUUUUUAAUGAAGUAGGACAUUUGAAAUAUUUUGUUAAACACAAGUUAAGUCAUAAAGGGAUUGUGAUAAUAUAAACAUCUUGUCCAUUAUAGAUUGGGAAAAGUCUGUGUUGAACUGUUCAUCAGAAUUUGAUCUGUAUCUCGAGCCUAAAAAGUUGCAUUGGGGUUUUUAAAGCUAAUUACUGAGAUAUUUUUGUACUAACACAUGUAGGUAUGGGUAGUUGAGAUCAAAAUAACUUUUAAUAGGAAAUACUGUUCAUGAAAAUUUAAUGAGUAAUUAGAUUGAAGAAAACUGCAAUUAAACAUCUCCAUACAGCCUUUUUAUGAGAUCUCUUAAAUGCAUAGAUCUUGUCUUUUUUUAACUGCAUUGAAAUAAAACAUGUCUUGUUGAAUGUAUGUAAUCUGAUGGUUGUGCAUCCUUAUAUCUUCAGAUAACACUAUAAAUGAUCCAAUCGACCAGGUCUGAUAAAUAUCUGACUUUUAUGUUAUUACAAAAACCAUCAGGUGCAAGUCCAUGUAAAUUUUUUAUAGUCUAGUGGCUGCUUUGUAUAAGGGAUUUUUUCUUUAAAGAUAAUCUGUAAAAAUGAUAGAUACUCUAAUUACUUUAUGAAGUUGUGUCUUUCUGAUGAAACUGGACUUUGGCUUAAUUUGAUUAUUACUAAUCACAAUACAUUAUUCAGGUAAAGCAGUUUUAGAAGUUAGGUUACUUGAAUGAAAGAAAUGAAGAAAAAAACCCUAAUCUUCCAGCAUUAACUUUGGUUUGUUAAUGCAAAGGACUCUUAGAGAUACUAUAGGAUUUUUCUAUUAUCCGAUUUUGUUUAAGGUAGCAGAUUAAAAAGAAUGUCAAACUGGUAAAUUGGUGUUGUUUUAGUUCAAAGUGCCUGUUAUUGUGUAAAUGUCCAUUACUGAAGAAGACAAGUAGACAAUGAGAAACUUGAAAUAUUUUACUUAUUCUUCCAUAAGUCUCAGAUCCUUUGCCUUCAACAUGUUCAAAGAACCAUUUGGACGUAAAUGCAGAAUUUUGAUAGGAGCCAAUCAAAUGUUUAAAUUCAGGUCUUUAUCGUUUAAAUUGUCAUUUACUGUCAUUUACUGUUGUUUAUGACAUUUGUCAAGCAACUUUGAUAUACCUCUUUAAUAGGUUGUCUAUUUGUUAUUAUUUUCUGAGAAGUGGACUUGAUAAACACAGACCAACAGUCAAGAAAAACUUUAUGUAUGCCUGCCACAGCCUACUACAUUGUACAAAUUUUUCUUUAUAGAAAGUUCGAAUUAUGAUCAUAUCUCAUCCACUUAUAGUCAAUUGGGUCAUAAAAAAAAUAUUUUAUUGUUUUAGCUAUUCUAUCAUCCAAUAUUGUUUAUAGUAUUUUAAUGUUUUUAGAAAACUGAAAAUGUGGGAAAAUUUCAUUUUCAUUUUUAACCAGUCAUGAUGAUAUGUGCACAGUGAAGAAAACUUGUUUUAAAAUGUCAGAAUAAAUGAUUUUUAUAUA